AUGAAGCACCUCGCAGCUUACCUUCUGCUCAGCCUUGGAGGCAACACCUCCCCCUCUGCCGCUGAUAUCAAGGCCGUCCUUGAGUCCGUUGGCAUUGAGGCUGACUCUGGUCGCUUGGAUACUCUGAUUUCCGAGCUUGAGGGCAAGGACAUUCAGCAGCUCAUCGCUGAGGGUUCCGAGAAGCUUGCUUCCGUUCCUUCUGGUGGUGCCGGUGCUGCCGCUGGUGGUGCCGCCGCCGCUGGUGGUGCCGCCGAGGAGGCCAAGGAGGAGGAGAAGGAAGAGGAGAAGGAGGAGUCCGACGAGGAUAUGGGCUUCGGUCUCUUCGACUAA